UCAUCCAAAACCUCUCAAUCCCCUUAUCCUAUCCCCCCACCCCCCUUUCUUCUUCACUCUCUGCAACCUCUCCUGCUCCAAUGGCGUCUUCAUCUCUCUCCACAGUUAUCCUACGCACUCCACACCUCACUACCACCACCACACCACCACCACUCUUCUCCACCAAACACGCUCUCAAAUUCAACCUCCACCACCGCUCCACACUUCUCCGUCCAAUCGCCGCAACCGCCACCGACGACAAAGUCGUAACCCUAGGCGACGAAAUCUCAAACCUAACCCUAGCACAAGCACAAUCCUUAGUAGAAUACCUUCAGGACAAGCUCGGCGUCACCGCCGCAUCGUUCGCUCCGGCCGCCGUCGUCGCCGCACCUGGCGGCGGUGGCGCUGACGCUGUGGAGGCGGUGGAGGAGAAGACGGAGUUUGACGUUGUUAUUGAUGAUGUUCCGAGUAAUGCGAGAAUUGCGACGAUUAAAGCGGUUAGAGGCUUGACGAGUUUAGCGCUUAAGGAGGCUAAGGAGUUGAUUGAAGGAUUACCGAAGAAGUUUAAGGAAGGUGUGAGUAGAGAUGAAGCUGAAGAUGCGAAGAAACAGCUUGAAGAAGCUGGAGCCAAGGUUUCGAUCGUUUAGAUCUGGAAUUUGUUGUAAGUUUUCGUGUUUGAUGAUUUAUUAUUGAUACGUUGUGUGUUGUUAGUUGUUCGGUUUUUGUAAUUCAUGCGGUAAAUCAGUCUCGAUUAAUCUGUUCGUAUAUGAUACUUUGAUAUCUGAUUCAUCUGAAGCUUUUGCUAGUUAUGAAUUUGCUAUGAAAUUGAUCUUAGUUUUCAAAUA